ACAGUUCCGACAAUGGCUUCGAAAGUGACGAUCUCUCAAGCUCUAGGAACGGACGGUAGUGACUACAAUCAUAGACAGAAAGUCGCGACACAUUACCAAGUCAGUGUGACUAAUAAAUCAAGACUGAAGUGCUGCAUAUUUUUCCACUAUCUAUUAUUUUUUGUUAUGCUUGCCAAACUGUCUGCAGAUAUAUUAGAUCAUCUGGAUAUAUUUAUCUUAGAAAUAGAGGAGUUACAAAUACCACAGCCAUUGUGGUGGGAAUACAUAUGGUGCAUUAGUUUAUUAUUAUCUUUCCUUGCUCUCUCAGCAAUAAAAAAGAAUAGAAUCAAGACAUUGCAAAAGUAUAUGAUAGGUAUUAUUCUACUAGGAUAUGGUCCACUGACUUAUGCCACUGUAUAUUACUUUAAGGAUGUUUGGACAUAUUUAACUGUUGGAAAAUCCGAAGACAUUCAUCUGUGGCAGGGUCUGCCAUACGGUGUACUUUGGUAUGCUUUUAUUCUCCUAGCUUCACAAGUUCAUUGUUUCUCUUUAUAUUUUUCAUGGAAUCUGCUGGUUGCUUGGAAAACACGAGGUGCUAAGAAAAUUGAUUAAAUCUAACAGAUAAUUUACUCUUGACAAGCUAUGUUUGUGGAUAAAUUCAGUAUCAACAUCGCUCGCUAUACGCUCAGUGAGUUUCUACAAAAUUGAUUGGUUUGUAUUUUUAAAUCUUGAUUAACUCUGAAAAUACAUACCAACUAAAUUCAAGAGCUCAGUGAGCAGUUGUAUCGAAUGUAUGCUAUGUUAAGCCAUGGAUGUGUAUUUGACAAAUGUUAGCCGCACUUGUUCGUUUAUGGUAAAUUUCUUUCGUGAGGAUAUAAUGGGUCUGUUCUUUGUCACUGAACUAGUGUACACUUUCGAAACUUAAACAGAAACAGAUGUAUAGCUGUGACUUCGUGUAAAAAAGAGGAACUAGUGCAAGAUAGUACAGUCAGUUCAGCUACAAAAAAACAGGCCUAGUAAAGAUAUGUAACAGUUGCACAAAAAACAGCAUCCAGAAUGUGUAAAAUGUAUGAUGUAUAUAAAUGAGAGAAUAUCAAUGUAUUUAUGUACAUAAAAAAAUAUAAACAAGUUAAUUAGAUU